UAUGCUUAGAACACAUGAAUCCUUCUUCUCAACUCCUAAAUAUUAAUAUCAGUUACCUCCCUUGGCUAAAGAAAAACUUAAGUAGACUUCACUAUUCCAAAAGAAUCUUGUCUAACGAUUGUCUAGACCCAAAACCAAAAAGGAUUAUUGA